CUCACUUCAAUGGGUGAAUCGCAACGGUUGACUUUGAAAAAUGCUGGCCUUCAGAGAAGAUUACAAUGAUAAGGAAUGGCCUGAUAACUUUAUAAACAAUUGGAGGAAGCCAGAUGAAGAAAAUCAUUCAAACCUCCUUCAUCUCCACGAAUUCGUAAAAGGUUUGACCAUAAAAGGAAAAUAUUUGGAAAUUGGAAGUGGUCCAUCCCCUAUUGGAAUUUUUUCGGCUAGCACAAAAUUUGACGACAUUACCUUAUCUGAUUUUUCUGUAGCUAAUAUUGAUCGUUUGAAAAAAUGGAAGAGUGGAGGAAAUCUCAGCAACAUCAUGACUCUGAUUGAGUAUGUGGCCAAGUUGGAAGGACGUGAUGUUAAUCAGCUGAUGACUAUUUCUCUGAGCAGAGUGAAGAACAUUAGACACGCUGACUUGCUCAAUGACGAAAUAUUACCCAAAGACGACAAUAAAUACAGUGCAAUAUCUAUGAACUUUGUACUUCUUUGUGCUUGUAAAACUAAGGAAGAUCUGUUCAAAGCAUUCACAAAGCUGUACAACAAGCUGACUCCAGGUGGAAGAUUAUUUGAUUUCGGAGCCCUGAAUACAAACAAUUACAAUGUUGGAGGAAGAUUGUUUUCACACUGUGAAAUCGAUUUGGAAACGCUGGUAGUAUUGGCGGAGAGAGCUGGCUUCAAAGUAUUAAAGCAAGAGAAGCUAAAUAUGAAUACACCAUGCUACUGUAUUGUUGCCAGUCGUUGA